UGCCAGAGACAGCGCGGCUGUGGAGCGGAACGCACCAUGUGCGGUAUCUUUGCUUACCUGAACUAUCAUGUGCCCCGAACGAGGCGGGAGAUCCUGGAGACCCUCAUCAAGGGCCUGCAGCGCCUGGAGUACCGGGGCUAUGACUCUGCAGGUGUUGGACUGGACGGUGGAAAUGACAAAGACUGGGAAGCCAAUGCUUGCAAAAUUCACAUUAUCAAACAGACGGGGAAAGUGAAGGCUCUGGAUGAAGAGGUUCACAAGCAACAGGACAUGGACCUGGACAUCGAGUUUGAUGUUCACCUGGGGAUCGCCCACACGCGCUGGGCUACGCACGGUGAGCCCAAGCCUGUCAACAGCCACCCUCAGCGCUCGGACAAGAACAAUGAGUUCAUCGUCAUUCACAAUGGCAUCAUCACCAACUACAAGGACCUGCAGAAAUUCCUGGAGAGCAAGGGCUACGACUUCGAGUCGGAGACGGACACGGAAAGCAUUGUCAAGCUGGUCAAGUACAUGUAUGACAACCGCGACAGCGACGACAUCAGCUUCUCCACGCUGGUGGAGAGGGUCAUCCAGCAGCUGGAAGGUGCUUUUGCCCUUGUGUUCAAGAGUGUUCAUUACCCUGGGCAGGCAGUUGGUACCAGGCGAGGCAGCCCCCUGCUCAUCGGUGUGCGCAGCGAGCACAAGCUCUCCACCGACCAUAUCCCCAUCCUGUACCGCACAGCUGUACCAUCUAUGGAUCAUUCUUUUGAUGGAAUAUCCAUAAAAAUGGAGGAAGGGAAAGACAAGAAGGGGAGCUGCAACCUGUCCCGAGUGGACAGCACCACCUGCCUCUUCCCCGUGGAGGAGAAAGCUGUGGAAUAUUACUUUGCUUCUGAUGCCAGUGCUGUCAUCGAGCACACCAACCGCGUGAUCUUCCUGGAGGACGAUGACGUGGCGGCCGUGGUGGACGGGCGUCUGUCCAUCCACCGCGUCAAGCGCACGGCCGGCGACCACCCGGGCCGGGCUGUGCAGACCCUGCAGAUGGAGCUGCAGCAGAUCAUGAAGGGUAACUUCAGCUCAUUCAUGCAGAAGGAAAUAUUUGAACAGCCAGAAUCUGUUGUUAAUACAAUGAGAGGAAGGGUCAACUUUGAUGACUACACUGUGAACCUGGGUGGGCUGAAGGAUCACAUCAAGGAGAUCCAGAGGUGUCGGCGUUUGAUCCUCAUCGCCUGUGGCACAAGUUACCAUGCAGGAGUGGCAACCCGCCAGGUGCUGGAAGAGCUGACUGAGUUACCUGUCAUGGUGGAGCUGGCCAGUGACUUCCUGGACAGGAACACCCCUGUGUUCAGGGACGACGUCUGCUUCUUCCUCAGCCAGUCAGGGGAGACAGCAGACACUCUGAUGUGCCUUCGGUACUGCAAGGAGAGGGGAGCCCUGACCGUGGGCAUCACCAACACCGUGGGCAGCUCCAUCUCCCGUGAGACCGACUGUGGUGUGCACAUCAACGCCGGCCCUGAGAUCGGCGUGGCCAGCACCAAGGCCUACACCAGCCAAUUCGUGUCCCUCGUGAUGUUUGCCCUGAUGAUGUGUGACGACAGGAUCUCCAUGCAGGAGCGGCGCAAGGAGAUCAUGCGGGGUCUGAAGGGACUGCCAGAUUUGAUUAAAGAAGUGCUGAGCAUGGAUGAUGAGAUCCAGAAGUUGGCCACAGAGCUGUACCAUCAGAAGUCUGUCCUCAUCAUGGGACGUGGCUACCACUAUGCCACAUGUCUGGAGGGAGCUUUGAAAAUUAAAGAAAUCACCUACAUGCACUCAGAAGGGAUCCUGGCUGGGGAGCUGAAGCAUGGCCCCCUGGCCCUGGUGGACAAGCUCAUGCCUGUGAUCAUGAUCAUCAUGAGAGACCACACCUAUGCCAAGUGCCAGAAUGCUCUCCAGCAGGUCAUUGCACGACAGGGCCGACCUGUGGUGAUUUGUGACAAGGAGGACAUCGAGACCAUUAAGAACAACAAAAGAACAAUCAAAGUUCCCCACUCAGUGGACUGUCUGCAGGGGAUCCUGAGUGUGAUCCCCCUCCAGCUGCUGGCCUUCCACCUGGCUGUACUCAGGGGCUACGAUGUUGAUUUUCCAAGAAAUCUGGCCAAGUCCGUAACUGUAGAGUGAAAGAUCAUCUGAAUCAUAGGGGCAAAGGGGAAUUAAAUGAAAGACUUUUUUGGUACCAAAAUAACUCGAUUUUAAAGCCCCCUAGGUAAAUCUUAUUUUGGUAAAUUGUUGUUUGUGUAUAAGAUCACCAUAAUUCCAUUACAUUAGUGAUUGUCCAAUUGAUUCCAUGUGCUAUGUCAAUAGCUCUGGGUUUUUUUGAUCAGUAGACUUCCAUGAAAGAUGUUAAAUGAUUUUCCUUAAAGAUUGUUGAGUCUUCUAGGUAAGGGGCCCUCUACUUUACUCUGGGCUGAUGUCAUUGUCUCUUACCCCAUGUGGCUCAUUCCAGUCACUGAUGUGAAACCUCUGAAGGAAUUAAUUAAUGCCCUGCCAUGCUCUCAGGCAGUGAAACAGGACACCAGGACACACAACUGGAACAAGAGUUGGUACUGGUCAUGCUUGUGCAGAUAUUUUACCAGUGAAUGAAACUGCAGGCAAGCCUUUGGGGUAAAUUCCUGCCUCAGGUGCAAAAGAGAAUUCAGCUGAGCUGGCAUGGCCUCCUCCUCUGGGUACUUGGUGAAUGUGCCAAGAGCUGCUCCAAGAGGGUUUUAUCUAUGCCAAAAACAGAGCAAGUGACAAUCUUGUAGCCACGGUGGCCACUGCGCCAUGUGCCCCAGCACAGCCAGUGGGACUGGGAGCUCUGGCUGGCCAGUGGGUGUGAGGGCAAGGAGGAGUGCCCAGGGCUCACUCAGAGCUGUGCCUGCUGCUGCUUGGGGCUUUUUAAAACAAGUGGAAGUUUUCCUGUGCUGAGGAUUUUCCUCUGGAACUGAGAGGCACUGUGCCACACCUGAGUGACCCAGCUGUGUGACACACCUGAGGGACGCAGCUGUGCACACACCUGAGUGACCCAGCUGUGACACACCUGAGUGACCCAGCUGUGUGACACAUCUGAGUGACCCAGCUGUGCCAGACCUGAGUGCCCCAGCUGUGUGACACACCUAAAGGGGAUAAAAAGGCUCCAUAAACAUGACAGAAAUAAAUCUCUCUGUAAUAUUUCUAUAACAAGCUUGAAGAGAAUAAAAAAAUGACACAGAAAAUGUAUCUUCAGGGCUCAAAACCUGACUUUUUCAGCGUCAUCAAAGGGCAGUUAUAUAUUUCCUAAUGUGAAAAGGUGAAUUUCCUCCCAUCUUGCUGGGUUUUGAAUUAGCUUUACACAGGCACUGUAAAACCAUGCCGCAAGGUAUAAAAUGGUGCUGGUGAAUAUUCCAGGUCAUUUACUGCCCCUGAAAAAUGGCUUUAGCCAAUGCAGUGCUUGGGAACUGCCCAGUGCCCCUGCCAACCCCAGUUCCCCUGGCACAGGGUUACACAGUCAUGACACAUGGCUGCCCUGAGCAAGGUAUUCCCAAAGACUCUGUGGCAAUUCUGCUUUGUAUGAACCCACAGAUACUCUUCCACUUCAAUGCAGUGUCAGCUCAAGGCUCAGUUUCAUUAUGAAAAUGAAAUGCUGCAUGCUUGGAAACAGUUUCUCAAAUCUUCUCAAAGUGUAUGUGUUUAUUAAUCUGUCAUAUUUCAACUAUUAAUUUAUGAACAUAUUGUGCUGCCAGUGUCUGUUUAAGAACAAAGUGGUAAAUGCUGCAUUUUAGUUCAGCAAAUGCUUUGUGUGAGGCACUGCCCUGUGAAAGCUGUGCCUCUGCCUAAACAUGACUUGUAGUUCUCCCUGCUUCACUGGAGGAUAAUAAUUAUCCUUAGGGAAAAAACAAGGCUGGGCAAUGUUGGAGGAGACAGUUCCUCCUCCAACUCCUCCCAGCUUGCUUUAGAGAACCUGUGCAGGGCUGGGUCCAGCCUGGCUCUCCUGAGUCCCCCUGGCACAGGAUGUGCAGUGUCCCAUCCUUUGUUCUCAGAACGGGAUCUCAUGUGAAGCAGCCCCACAAUGGAAUUAUUUGAGGCCCUUUUUCUGCUCCUGCAGCCAGCAUUGCUUUUACCCUGCCUUGCACAGAGGGCUGCCCAUGGGCAGGGGGGCAGACACUCCUGUGAACACAAGCUGCUGCUCAGUAGAAGUUUGGUAGUACAGGCUGUUAUAUGUUGGUGAAAGUUGUGUACCAAGAGGACCAAAGAGCAGGAGUCUGAGUUAGAAAUGUCCAAUCUGACAGUGGAGCUGUAGGGGUUAUGCUGAGCUCUCUGGCUUUGUGCUGUGCCAGACAAAUCUUUGUUCCUUGUAGCUGGAGGCAUUGAUGGGGUCAGUAGUGCCCACCCCCUCCUCUUGCCAGCAACUGCCUGUGUAUCAAACUCUGCCUGCCAAAACUGAGGGCUUGGAGCUGUUGCAGUGAGGCUGGUGGGUGCUGUAGGUUCAGUCCCAAAGGAUGCUCUGGAGCACACCUGUAUGAAGAAUUCCUCUGCUAAGCGUGGCAGGGAACCUGUUAAGCAUCUCCUUGUUGUUGUUGUUGUUGCCAUGCAGUGUAAAGUGAGAAUGUACAAAGGACUCUUUUUAGCUUACCGUACCACUUUUUGUCCACGUGUUGCAUUUCUAUGAACAGAUGAUGUUUCUCCUUUCCUUAGAAAACUUCUAGGAUGUCUCGUGGUAUUUAUUAACAGCCAGUCAGUCUUCUGCUCUCUCAGAUGAAUGUUUUGCUUACUGAGCCAGUGAAAUUCUCUCCUUCCUCACUGAGGUGUUGAAAAAUUCAGUAGCCCUGUCUCUAAAAUUCAGCCACAGGUAAAUACAAAAUACAAAUCAAGGCCUUUGCCACCUAGAAUAGCAACUCCUAUUCCUGCCCACUUUGGUCACAGUUUAUUUUGUUGUGAGUAACUCUGUUCCUCACCUGCAGAGACUCAGGGGGAAGCUCUGAGGUCUUGAGAGGUAAAUAAUUUGGUAAUUAAAACAAAGACCAGAGAGCUCCCAGCUCAGCACAUUUCUGCCUGGAAGUUCUCAGACAGAUUCCACACACAUGGAAAUUAGGCUGCACAUGGAAUAUGCUGCAGCCAGAAAAAUUCUUCCCCCCCCAGCUCUGCUGCAGAAGGGCUCUGGGCAGUUUUCUCCCAGAUUUGUCAUAGACAGCACUCAGUGCACAUUCUUACCAAGAGCCCAUCAGUGCCUGGGGGCUGUCCCUGGGCAGGGCCAUCUCCUGUGUGACGUGGGGAAACCCUUCUGUCCAAAAAGCUGCCUGGAUAUCCUGUGUUGGGUCAGGCACAAGCCCCUGUGCUGAGAAAGCCAAAACAUCACCCAGAGCCUUUCCCAGCCACGUGGAAUGGAGCUCAUGGGCCUCACACAGAACCCUCAGUCUGGAGCCUUAAGCCCAGCCCAGACACAGAGGUCUGCUUGAGCUGCAGAGUGAAGCCUCUACAGGCACAAAUCAAACCCACACCUGUGCAGAACUGGGCCUUUCUCCUCUCUGGCUGUCCCUAGAAGUCCUUGAUGCCAUGAUCAGGUGCCUGGUGGCCGUGUUGGAUGGAGGGAGGUUGAAAUUAAGUAGCUUAAGUAUCAGGUCACUGUUUAGCUGUGGCUAAUUUUAGAUCCUACCUGAAUGUACCAAACUUGCCUCAAAGAAUGGAGUCCCUCCUCACCAGAAACGGAGAAGAAACAAGUAUUUGGGUUGAAAAAAAAAAAAAAAAAGGAAAGAAAACUCUUUGCCUUCAAUUCAAUUUCUGUAAAUAGACAUUUGAGUGGCAAACCCACGUUUCCUCCCUUGUAGAUUCUCUGCCUCUGCUGUACAUAUCCAGCUGGCUUGGGUUGUGGGGACCAGACUGAACUGUGUUUCUGUUGUGUGCUGUAUGCAGAAGAUGUCUUACUUUUGUCUGUAGUGUUCUAUAAUUUGGGUUUUGUCUCUUUGCUUACUUUUUUUGUAUCUCACCCUUUGAAUAAAAUCAAGUGCCCUACAUUCAACAAACAGAAUUACUGGUCUUUAGUUAAAUCCAUUGAAAGCAGAGGUAACCCCUGUGGAAGUUAAGGGCUGGAUGUACAAAGCAGAAAACCUCAGGGCUUAACUCUCCCCUCUCCUGACCAGAAAGGCUGUUUUCAGGUCAGAGAUUCAGCCUGUAUUUCAUCUCUCAUGUUUCACCUGCCCUUUCCUAACUGUGUUUUUUUCCUCUCUACAAGAAAGCCCGUGAAAUCCCCCUAAGGUAGAGCUGCUUCUGUACCUCAAUUCUUAUUGAAUCACCUUAUUUAAUCACCACAGAGACAGCUGCAGUCAGCACAGCCCAUACAUGACCCAUGCUCAGUGAGUGUAACCCACAUUCCACAGAUUCUGAAAUUCAGCUUUUCCAAGGAGGAGCCCUGUUUGGGUGAGGCUGAGCUGGGAGCACGAGGGUCAGGUCAGACCAGUGCUGGGGACUUAGGGCUAAAACACACCUGGCUGGCUUUGUGAGGAAAUCCCAUGGUGACAAAACGCUGUCUGGAAUUCACCCUCUUCCUCUUGGAUUCAUUUCCUUAGGGAUCUUUGCCUCUCCAGGGCAGCAGCAUCAAACUUCAGCCUUUAUUAUCUUAGACAAAAGCAGCAGCUCAGGCUUCUCCUCUCAGUGACCUUCCCCAUACAAAAAACAGCCUGAAGGGUCCCCAGGCUCCUCUCUUUAGGGCUUAGAACUUGCAGUGUGGCCAUGGGAGCACAAAGAAAGGUGGGAGCAGGAUUGCACAGAAACCUUCAGUCCUGCCCAUAUUGUCUCGUACAAGCUGAUAAAUAAACCCUAGAAACCAAGGGAGACUUCCAGACAGGCAUAAGGAUUUGGUUUGAAUAAAUGGCUUUACACUGACUGCUCCAGAAUGGUGGAGAAGCAGCACCUGUUCUGUUCCUUGUCCGGGACAGGUAAAAGCUAUUGUUAAUUACAAUAAUCUUGCUAAUUGCCCUUCCCAGAAAGACAUAGCCACGCCCAGCUCAUGGGGUGAGGACACAGCUGAUGACAGAGCCACCCUCCUGUGCACAGGGAGGAGCAGGAGACGCUGGGAGUCCCUUGGGAGCAGCACCCCUGACCUGGGGAGCUGUGGCUCCGGAGCCCUGGGUGCUCUCAGCAGCGCCCCAGGAACCAUCCCCAGGGCCAGAACAACAUCUCUGGGGUCACAGCAGCCCCUCAGCUCUUGCAGCAUCAGCCAGGGGGCUUUAAGGGCCUCAGCUUUAGUGACAGCUGAC